AUAGCACGAGGAACAAGAGCUCGUCAUAGUGGAAGCGUCCGAGUUUGCCACCAGCCAUCAGGUUGGAGCAAUCUUGGCCAAUUCCGAGGCUGCUUUCACCAACAUGAUGCGGGAGUGCCAAGAGUACGGCCAGUUGGAUCGGAACGAAUACUUAGGAGAGCCCGAACAUAACUAUGGAUGUUUGGUAAACUACCAAGGCGUCUGGAUCCGGGCGGUCAAGCUAACUGCGGACUGUGAAAAUCAAUUCUUUUUGAUAGACUUGGGACUCUUCUCCCAGCUUGACAAAUCGUGGCCCAAGCGCCGAUACCCCCCAGGGCUCACAAGGAAGCUUUCCUGUUCGGAAUAUCAUAUAGAAAACACUGAAUUUCUUACCAAUGAAACGAUAGCAAGCAGCAAUUUGAUCGAUGCUUUGCGCGGCACGAGGGUUAAAGCAAAGGUGUACUGUGAUGAAGAAUCUGAACUACUUCAGUUUUUUAACCGUGAUUUGUGA